AUGCUUGGAGUCCUCUUUGCUGUGCUGACUCUGGCAGCUGCAGCCUUUGGCUGCGGGGUUCCUGCCUACCCACCCGCUGUGUCUAGAGUUGUAGGAGGGGAAGACGCAAGACCUUACAGCUGGCCCUGGCAGUUCAAAUGGCAAAUGGUAUCACACCUGCGGAGGAACCCUCAUUGCAACCAAUGGGUGAUGACAGCUGCACACUGCAUCAGUUCUUCUAUGAAUUACCAAGUAUUUCUUGGAAAAUACAACCUAGCAGCUGUGGAAGAAGGAUCAAUUGCACUUCCUCCAGAAAAAAUCAUUGUCCAUGAGAACUGGGAUCCACAGGAUGUUGCAAAUGGGUACGACAUUGCUUUGAUCAAACUCACUGAACACGUCACCUUAACAAAUGGAGCUCUUCCAGAUGACCUGCAGCAAGGCCUUUUGCUGGUGGUGGAUUACGCAACUUGUUCCAAGCCUAGCUGGUGGGGAAGCACAGUGAAACCCACCAUGGUUUGUGCUGGUGGGGAUGGAGUCACCUCCAGUUGUAAUGGGGACUCUGGUGGCCCACUGAACUGCAAAGGUGCUGAUGGCAGGUGGGAAGUGCAUGGUAUCGUCAGCUUUGGCUCUGCUUUUAGCUGCAACUAUUAUCACAAGCCUUCUGUCUUCACUCGGGUCUCUGCUUACAAUAGCUGGAUCCAGCAGGAAGAAAGGCACAGCUGGCUGUUUCCAGCAGCAGACAAGAGGAAGAGAUCAUUUGAUGCUCAGCUAUUGGGGAAUUUAAACUCCCUCUGUAAGGCAAGUGAAGCAGAACUGUAUUGUGAGAAUUGCCGAUGCAAGAAGGAGAAAAUCUCCAUUUGUAGAUUUUACAUCAUUGAUGUGAGACAAAAAUUAAAUAGCACAGGGAAUACUGAAGCCAGCCAGGUGCUAUCCAGAGUGAUCUCUGAACUGCUGGAGCAUUUUAGUAGUCCCCACAAAGACCUCAAAGCUGUGAGAUACAAUCCUGACUGGGCUGACAUAGUAGCUUUUAAACUCAUCCUUCAAAUAAGAGAAGCCAUGCUUAAAGCUCAUUUAAUGCCAGCAUCUACAAGCUUUCAAACAACACUGCAUCAAUUUUUUGCCAUUCUGAACUAUGCUAUCUUCUCAUCAGAGAGUGCACGUAAGUGCUGGAUGGAUAAUGUCAAUCUAUCACUUCAUUUCACCCACUAUGAAGGAAUCUCUUUUUUCAUCCCAUUCCUGCGCUCAGAUGAAUUUGUGUCCAUUGAAGCCUUGGUAAAGGGACUGCAUUAUGUACAGAGCUGCCUACUGCAGAAGGGACAGGAGAAGCUCAUCAAGAAAUCUAAAGAAAUCCUGUCCACAAUGAGCCUUAAGAUUGGUCUGUUAGUGAUAGCCUGCCUCAUUUACCCCAUAAUGCUGAUGUCCUUCAAGCAGAUGACAGAUUGGAUACAAAAUUAUGCCAGGAACCUCAAGGAAAAGACAGAGGACUUGAAAAGGGAGAGACGGCUAGCUGAGGACCUCUUACACCAGAUGUUGCCAAAAUCUGUGGCCAAACAGCUACGGAAAUGCCAAAAAGUUGAGGCAGAAAACUAUGAUCAGGUGACUAUCUUUUUCUCGGACAUCGUGGGGUUCACAAGCAUUGCUGCCUCCUGUACUCCCUUGCAAGUUGUUGAGAUGCUCAACAAUCUGUACGUCUGCUUUGACAGCAGGAUUGAGUCUUACGAUGUUUACAAGGUGGAAACCAUUGGUGAUGCCUACAUGGUAGUGAGCGGCUUGCCAGAGAGGAAUGGCACCAAACAUGCUGACGAGAUUGCCAAAAUGUCUCUGGAUCUGGUGGCAGCAGUGCGUCAGGUUGUGAUCCCUCAUACGCCAACGGGCAAACUGCAGCUGCGGGCUGGGAUACACACAGGACCCUGUGUAGCUGGAGUUGUGGGAUACAAAAUGCCUCGGUAUUGCCUUUUUGGGGACACUGUAAACACAGCCUCCCGCAUGGAGUCCACCAGCUUGCCGCAGAAGAUCCAUAUCAGUUCUGCUACAUAUGAUGCCCUUCUCACAGAUGAUGCAUAUGAAAUUGAACUGAGAGGAGAAAUUGAAGUCAAGGGCAAAGGGAAAAUGAAAACCUACUGGCUUCUUGGUAACAAGAACUACAGUGUCCAAAAUGACAGCCUGGUGUGUCACUGGAAUCCAGCAACCUCCAAGAAAAAGCAGAUGGAAAGUAGCCAGGGAUCUGUCCAACAAGACAGUUGGGAUGAUCUCUAUGGCCCAGAUGCAGAAAUGGAAGCCAAAAAAAUCAAGGCUGAGCACUUGACUCUGCUAACAAUCUGUUCAAUGACCUCCAACCGUGUAGAACGACAAGGAUUUGGCAAGAGGCUCUUCAGUUCGGAAUGUGACACAGGAAGCGCCUACACGGCUGUUGGCAGUGAUGUCACCUGGCUGCCCAACGGUGCCGCGCUGCGGGGUCCUGGGAAGCUCCGAGAGCGAGCACUGGAACUUGUUCAAGCCACUCUGUAUCUGCAGGCGGCUGAAUGCAGAGCAGGGCGCGAGGCAGAAGUGUCGACAGGCUCCACUGCUUAA